AUGACACAUGGAACAGACCUUGGCAAUGUCACUGGGAUCACAUACUUUGUCCUUACUGGUGUCUCAGAUGUUCCGAAGGUUCGGGUAGCUGUUUUUCUCUUUGUCUUGAUUACAUAUGUUAUCACUCUUGGAGGAAAUGUCACCAUUAUGUCCCUGAUCCUCCUGGAUUAUGUCUUGCACACUCCCAUGUACUUUUUCCUGAGCAACCUGUCUUGUUUGGAUAUUUUAUACACCAGCAUUACACUGAACAGGAUCCUGUUCUCAUACGUAUCAGGAGACAAAACCAUCGCAUUCUCAGACUGUAUGGUGAAUUUGUAUUGUUUCAUGUCUUUAGCUGGAAGUGAGAUCUUGAUCUUAACAGCUAUGAGUUAUGACCGAUACGUGGCCAUCUGCAAUCCACUGCAUUAUCAAAUGUUCAUGAGCCGGAGGGUCUGCAUUAUGCUGUCCGCUCUAUGCUGGGGUUUGGGAUUCCUAGAAAUGAGCCCUUUUACUUAUAUGGUAUAUAGAUUCUCAUGCUACACAUCCAAUGUCAUCAAUCAUUUCUUCUGUGACAUUAUGGCCCUCGUGAAGCUUUCAUGCAGUGAUACCUCCCUUCUGGAGAAGUCACUUCUCAUUGUAGCGGCAGAGGGUGCUAUCAUUCCCUUUCUGCUUAUUAUUAUUUCUUACAUCAACAUUAUUCAUGCCAUUCUGAAGAUCAGUUCUGCCACUGGGAGCCGCAAGGCGUUUUACACAUGCUCAUCCCAUCUCACAGUUGUCUCACUCUAUUUUGCCACAGCUUGCAGCUUGUACCUCAGGCCUCCCUCCAUGAUCACUUUGGACUCUGAUAAAUUGAUAUCCCUUGUGUACACAGCUGUUGUCCCCAUGUUAAAUCCCUUAAUUUACAGUUUAAAAAACAAGGAAGUGAAAGUUGCUCUCUCUAAUUUAUUUAAACACAGCAUAGUUUUAUAA